AAUCUGGCAUCACUUGGUCUUGUGAUGUACUUAGUAUCCACAUAAUAAAAACCCUAAGUCGUAAGUGAUACUCUUUCAGAAUUUUAUCUUAAUUACAAAGUCAAAAUGGCCCAGAAAACAGAAGGGAUUCAGCAACUUCUAAUCGCAGAGAAAAAAGCAACAGAAAGAGUAGUCGAAGCAAGAAAACGAAAAGCUCAGAGAAUCAAAACUGCAAAAAAGGAAGCAGAUUCAGAAAUCCUAGCCUUUAAAAACGAGAAGGAGAAUCACUACAAACAGUAUGAACAAGAGAUCCUUGGCAAGAAAAGUAACAGUGAGGCACAGAUUCAGGUAGAAACAACUAAAAAGAUCAAAGAGUUGGAUGUCAUGCUGAAACAAAACCGUGCUAAAGCUAUGGACGCUAUUCAACAAAGUCUCUUUAGGAUAGAAGUGCAACUUCAUGAGAAUGUUAAGCUGUAAAUUUAGUCCUCUGUACCUUUAUCUGUAUAUUUUAUGUAAAGGGUAGAAUUCUUAAUGUUUAUUUAAUUAUUGACACAGACAGCUCAUGCUUUUAAUUUAUCCUGCAGAUACAAUUUGUUUAAAGAUCUACUCUUCUGCAUUUAUUUUUCAACAUUACAUAAUUUGUUUCCUUCUAGGCUUGUUUUUUUUAGAAAGUUAGGUAUAUCUAUUUGCAGGUAAGAUAUUUAUUAGCCUGAAUUUGAUUGCUAAUAGUAUGUGAUAAUGUGUAGAUAAGUCUCUGUGAUAGCCGAAUAAUUGAUUGGUAUAUCAUUUUAGUUUUAGUGAAUUGUUAGGUAAAAAACAAAAUUACUCCUACCAUAACUGAAGAGGUGGAGACCAAGGCAUUGUUAGUAAUUUAGUUGAAGCUAAAUAUUGUGAGCGUCUGAUUGUACCUCUAGUUAUACUUAUACUGACUUGCACACAUGGGUUUUUUCAUCUAUAUACACUUGUAUCUCAUUGUUAUUCGGAGUUCACUUAUUCAUUGUGAUGUUUAUUUAUAUGACUAGAUUUGGUGGCAUUGAAUGCAUUCCUUGUAUGGAAAGAAAGAAGCAUACAUACAUUUUUUUCAUCAUGCAUUGUAUCUGGAAACUUGAUUAAAAUCCUUUGUUUUUAG